AUGUCUCCCGCAUCUGUUGCAUCGGAGCCCGCACCCAACAACACAGAGGAACUGUCCAGUCUCAAUGACCAAACUCAGAAGGGACCAUAUCAAACGGUGACAGAGACGGUGACAGAAACGAAGACUACAACGACGACUAUAACAAAGACCGAAACCAAGACCAAGAUGUCGCCCACCGUAGCGCUCAAUACCCCGCACUCAUUCAUGCCAACACUCGAUCAAAGUCACGCGGUCUCAAGAAAACGAAAGGCAGAGGAGACACAUGGAGAGUCAUCCAAGAAGAACAAGAACUCCGACGAAAUCCUGGACAGAGAGAAACAGGACAGUGUGUAUCUCCGCCAAGAGUUAUCACCUGAACAGCUGCGCAACUCACCGUACGAUGGCGCUGUUACUACACGAUCUGUCGGGACCCAAACCACGGAUAUGGACAGCCCAAGGCCUUUCCUGCCCUUCCUGCAUACGGACGAGUCAUUGAUCAGGAUGAAGCCACCGUAUCAAGGAGGGUACAUAAGAUUUGACUCGGAUACGGAGGAGGAGGCGGAGGCGAUCUGA